CAAGGAGUUUGAUGACCUCCACGCACACACACACACACCGACCAAGUUCACGUUCGUGCUGUGGCUGCGUGUGGGGGCAGCGCGCUGUACACGUGCUGUGCACGCACUGAUGGUGCGAGGCGAGCCAGUGGGUUAUCGUCAUUCUUGCUGGUAAGCAUAACAUCGAAGGAGUCACUUAAGUGGGAGCGCUUCCAGGGUUUGGUCGGGGUCAUCAUGCAGGAUGGCGCCGCGCAAGAAGCAGCACCUGCUGUUGCUCGAGGAGGAGGAGCGUAACUGCACCGAUGAGGACGUUUUUGUCGACCCAGAGCAGCUGGCCCACUACCCCUUGAUGGUGCAGCCAUUGGAGAAGGAGGAAUUUCAGGACGUUCUUUUUGACAGCGGCGAUGAAGAGGAGGCGCAUAUCCUCACAAUCGACGCACAGCCUGCAACGGCUUGGACGCGGCCUCGCCGCGUCGGCACCGUAGCGCUGGUGGCAUUGGGCGUGCUGCUGCUCGUCAUCGGGGUAGGGUUUUAUCAAGCGCGCAAGCACCAACGGCCAACUGAGCAGCCAUCAGGCUCUACGCUGGGCCACGCCUUGGCCGUUGGGGAUAACCUGAGCACUACCUCGAGCCCUGCACGAACGGCCACUCCAAGCCCCAGCGUUUUGGACACGGCGACUGCUUCGACGAAUUCGGUGGUCUCAACCAAUUCCGCGCUUGUCACGACGGUCACCAGUACUGAAUCGGAGCUCGUCGAUGCAGGGCAACUCAACCUCACCUUCCCCCCUGUCAGCUUUCCUGCCCACACAUCCAGCAAUUAUUUUUUGUUCCCCUGCCAGGCCUUUGACUUGUCAACGGCUCCUGUGGGUCACAUCACCGCCUUUGAACUGCACAGCACACACCCCGAGUUGGUUCAUCACUCGGACGUUUUCUUGUGUACUCCAGCAGCGCUUGCACGUUUUCAUAAAAGCGGUUGCCCGACGUUCUCCAGCAUCUUCACCAACGGGCUUUGCACUGCAUUGGCUUUUGCCUACGACAAGGGUGCAGUGAAGUUCCACUUCCCCGAAGGCACCGGCUUUGCGGUGGGCCCUGGAACUCAGGCACCUGUCCUCGUCAUGCAAAUCCACUAUCUUAUUUUCGAGCCACCGUCAUCCUACGUGACCGACGUCUCCACAAUGAUGCUUGACACAGCGCCUGGCUUGCCCGAGGCUCCUCUGUUUACAGUUGGUCUUGGGGAUUACAAUUUGAGGAUCCCACCCCUCAGCAGCAAUUUCAGCUAUAGCUUCACCUGCUCCGCGUCGGCGCAACAUUUUAACCUGACCCAGGUGUUGCCCGUCAAUGUGGUUGGCCAGUCCUGGCUCAUACGCGGCGCCCAUCUUCACGCACAUGAGCACGCGACGCGAAUCAUGCUUGAGGCCGUGAACGAGACGGAGUCUACCCGUCUUGUCAUGGAGAUGAAUCCCUAUCACGGAUACGGGGCCGAUCAGACAUUUCAAGCUCUGGAGACUCCCUUUCAGAUGGAGCCUAACGAGUCUCUUCGAACAACUUGCUGGUUUAACAAUACCGGGAGCUCGGCCAUUGUAUACGGAGUAACCACGACAACCGAGAUGUGCGGCAUCUUGGUGCUUGCCACAACCAUCGACGGCUCAACCCCUGUUCCUGCAACAUCGACGGCUGGCAAUCUUUGCAUGACCUGAGCCCACGCUCAUCCCAAUGGCGGGGCAUUGCCACACUUUUUGUCUGCAUUUGCUGGGGGAUAAUGGUGCACUCUAAGUUGGCAAGGCGACGCAUCGCGGCCCGUGCCCUUGUCACCCAGUACCAAACGGCUGUGCCGAAUCGUUAAAAAGCAUUGUUAUUAUUCUUCGAAUUCAAGUCAUUGAUUGUG